AUCGGCCGUUUUACAUCCAAAGGUCUAAUUAAGUCUGGUAUUGUCAAGUCAAGUCUGAGCAAUUAAAUCACUUUACAAGUCGCGACGUCGUCCCACACAGUUCGUCUUGUCGUUAUAGGCCAGUCGUUGGGUGUCGUUCAUUGGAAAUAGUUUAAAUUUAGAAUUCCCGUCAGCCAUACUUGGACCAAAUGCUUUCAGUGCGUUUUCGGUGCGGACUUUAACAGUAGUGUUUUGUUUUUUGGUGUUCGCUGUUUUAUAUUGUUUGUGGACAUUCUUUGUGCUACCGACUAUACAAUCAACGUGAGACCGCGCUAUUUUCCUCAACGGGAACAAAGAGUUUGGUCAAUUAAUUUAGUGUUCCGCCAGCCUGUUGAUCGGGCCACGUGAGUGCAUACGUGAUGCGAGGCGAGCGUUCGUUCGCGGUAAAAAUCGAAUGCAAAAAUGAUUAAAAGGAACGGUGAUAAUGUAUUUGCGAUCGCAAGCAACAGCCCGUGUGCGGUGCGGAGCGCUGUCUCGCUCUGUCCGGGAGGCGGCGCGGCCACGAGGAUACCGCGCGCGACAGCGGCCAGGAUGACGCCGCCCGACGCGCACCACACCAAGGAAGCGAAUAUUGUUGCUGCAACUUACGUUGAAAAGUGGAAAAACCGAUAUGAAGAAUCCGAAAGAAAACACAAAUCCAGCCUACUCAAAUCCGAAAAAGCCAAACGCGAGCAUGAAGAUCUCCAACGCCGCUUCAACCUGCUCUCAGACGAGCGCGCCCGCCUCGCGGGUUCACUCGCGGAGCGGGAGCGGGAGCUCUCAGCACUACGAGACGUGUCGGAGAAGCUGUUCCAAGAAUACCAGCAGCUGCAGAACCAGAGGGAGGUGGAUGAGCAGGUUAUGCAAAAGGUAAUGCAACAAGCUGGCGAAUGGUACAAGCAAAACAAGCAACUGAAACGGCGGAGCCAGGCCAUCUUGCAUGCUCUGCCUGCGCAUGCCGAAAUCGACUUCACAGACUCCAAUUCCACCGCUUCAGACUCCAGCAGCAAUGAAGAGGUGGAGUUCCUAAAGCAGACCGUCUCUGAUCUCAGCAAGCAAGUGGCCUCCCUCCAAGCAGAACUAAGCGCGGCUCGACUCCAGGAGUUCGAGGCCCAUGAGUCCACCGCUGCUCUAGCCCAGGAGCUAGACGCCGAGAAAGAGAAGACAGCAGCACAAGAGAAAGAGCUAGAAGAACUGAAGAGCCAGAUCGAGCGGCACCACAGAGUCUCCAAACUGUUGAUGGAAGAAGUGACAGCACUCAAAGAUCAUGCUGAUAAAGACAGAGAAAUGGCUGAAACAUACAAAUCGGAAGCCCGCGACGCUAAGAAGCGCGUGAAAGUCCUCACGCACCAGAGCACCCUGCUGCUGGGCGAGCUGGAGCUGGACGAGAGGCUGAACAUGCUGCUCGGAGAAGUGGACAGUUUGCGGGACGCGUUGGAACAACAAGCGGGCCGGCAUCGCGACCAGAUCGAAGACUUACAGUUAAAACUAGCAGAAAAACACGAGGACACGGACAUUCUUCUAUGGGAAGAGAAGAUCAAACUAGCAGAAGACGACGCACGAAAAGCCAUAGAACGAGCAGAAAUAGCAGAAAGGAAACUUGCAGAAGAACGGAAUACAGUACAACAGAAACUUGCAGAAGAGCGGAAUACAGUAGAACAGAAAUUAGGAAAAGAAAGGAAUAUAGUAGAACAAAAGCUUGCAGAAGAACGGAAGGUAGUGGAACAUAAAUUAGAAGAACAGAAUGGGAAGAAGUUCGAUGAUCAAGUAGUAGAAGAUAGAAGGGAAGUGAAAAUUUCGCCACCGAAGAAGGGUAGUCUAAUGUCGAGGAUUAGUUACUUUGAAGGGGGACCUAAAAAAGAAGAUAGGAGAGAAGAGGUGGUUGCACCUCUACCACCGCCUCCCUCUCUUCCCGCUGUCCCGGCAUCUCCCACACCUUCCCCACCCCCCGCGCCCGUUUUCUCCCCUCCACCCCCUCCCACCAUCCCACCUCCCACAGCAUUACCACCCCCACCCCCACCCCCACCACCCCCACCGCCGCCAGCCCCAGCAGUAUUCCUACCGUCAGGGGGAGGUGAUAUGGCGCAUAUGUUGGCCAGUAAGCAAGCUAACUUGAAGAAGAGCGUGCAGAAUGGAGGUGAUCCAGCGAUAGACUCGAUCGUGGACCAGAUCAAAGGCGGCAACUUCACCCUGCGGCGCCGCGACCAAAACUUCCUCGAGAAGAAACCCAAGCAGGAACAACCGGAGGCCGUCAAAGAAAUGCUCGCUAUACUGGGCACGCUGAGGAAGAGGAGAGCAGCUCAUAGACCGAGUUUAGUAGGUGUUGGAGAACAGGCGUGACCAGUAUGAAAGAGGAGAUUAAGAGGAACCCUAAUUUAGCUCCCACCAUUGACUAGUGUUCCGGUGACCACGGCUUGUCAAUUAUUAAAGUUACAUAAUUAUUUAUAUGUAAGUACCUACAUUAUUUACUUUUAAUGUAUUCGUCACAAUCUCAACUAGGAUACUAAAUUGUUAUUUAUAACUCUUUCACCGCAGACGAAUUUCACAGCGUUUUACACGCUAUGUUGAGUUAAAUGGGAUUUUCGUGUUUUAUUUUGGGUAGGUAUUUUAAUAUACUGCCACAUAAGAUGUUGCCAUUAAAAUUCAUAUUUAUUCCAAUAAGACAUGUCAUUUUUUGUAUUUUAUAUCGAAUAGUGUAAAUUGUAAAGACAUUUUUGAUAAAAUUUAUGCAUUUAGCCAAUUUUAGGCUGUUUUAAACAUUCUGAACGCUAUUGCUUCGCCAAUAACGCUCAAUUUAGAUUGCAUUUUAUAUCUGCUUUUAUUAUUUUAAAAGUAGAAUUUAGAUUGAAAUUAAAUUACUGCCAACAUUUUUGUUGGACGUUUUACUAUUUAUGACACUAUUUAAUUAUACAAAUAUUUAGGCUCAUAUUAUUCAUAAAUAAAAAAUAAUUCCAAAAAUUUUACGUUUAUCUGUCGAAAUAAUAUUUUCAUAUUUUUAUGUAUUUUCUACACAUUGACAUAUCAUUUUAAAAAUCAGAAUAUAUCGGAGUUUCUAUUUAUAUAAAUACUUUUUUUUAUAAAAUACUUUUUGAUUGGUAUAUACAUAAAUGAGACUUAACUAUUAAAUAAGUGAUAUUGAUCUGAAUACUCUAUAGAUCAUUAGUUGUUAUUGUUAAGUAUAUGUUAAUUAUAAGCAUAAUUACGUUGUAAAUUAAAUAUUAUAGUGAUAGGAACUUAUUACUAACAAGUCAAGAAAAAUCAUAACAAUUAUCUGUCGGAAAAUUUUCAAAAUUACGAAAUUUCCACAUUGAAAAAUUUCAUAACCUUAUUUUUCGAAAUUUUUCGUUUGUAAAAUGAAAUUUCUUUGAAACUUUUAAAUUAAGGAUAUAGUAGCGUAAUUUUUGGUUAUAAUAUAUUGACUUGUUAGCAAUAAUGUUUUAAAAAAUCCAAUUAUUUAAGCAACCAGACGAAUUGACAUGUUUCAUAUUCUUAUUUUUAUGCCAGUAGAUAAGAAAAUAUUUCUAAAUUUUUUGACAUGUUUACUAAAACACAAGUUACCUUCGGUGCCAUUUCUGUCAUAUUAAAAUAAGACAAAGUAUUAUUAUUUAAGCUCUGUUUUUAUAUUUCACAUACUAAAAUGAUGGUUUAAUUAACCAAUUUGCAUUAAAAAGACAGAUUUGUUCGAUAAAUUAAACUGGUAUUUUAGUAUCUAGGAUAAAAAAACAAGGUUUAUGUGUUAAGAGUAUUUUUGAACUUUUAUUGAAAUAAACGAUGUAUCGAUAAA